AUGCCUGCUCAAACAUCUCCGCCACAUCCAUCCCUGCUCCCCCCUGUUCUUUCGAUCGCCCAACUUCAACUUGAUUCUACUAGCUCUCUCCUCUCCCAACUUUUGCUUGAUCUGGAACAUCACGUUGCCACUUUGGUGCAUCUGGAGUCACGUCAGCACCAGCUUCUGCAGCUUUAUUCUUCGCAGCCGAAUAAUCCUGCUCUCGAUGACGAGAUGACGAAGCUUCGUAAUGAGUGGGGUGGAUGCAUUGCUCGGUGUGUCGAUCUGGAAUAUUGCGUAGAUACUGCCAUAACAACUCUAAAGCACUCUCUUGAUCUCACCGUCCUUCUAACUCCUCUAUUUUCGUCUUCUGAGGAACUUUCUUCGUGUGAUCGAAGUGGUGCUAUGCUGCUACUUUUCGAAAAGACUUUUGAAAACCUCAAACAGCAGCGUGCUCGCACUGACUGCUUCCUCCUUUUUACUCCCCUAGAAAUGGAGGAAAUCGAAACAGCUGUGAGUGAAGCACUUCGAUUACGCGAUACUUGGCUGCUUGAAAACACGACUCUUUCUUUUGAGAACCUUCGCGAAGAUCCAGAGCAAGUGUUUACUCCCGGAAAUGAUCUCACCUCCCUUGUUCGAGAAGUGGUGCGGGCAUCGGAGGAAAAAGCCGAGAAAAUGGCCUCUCGGGUGUCUCACAUCCUCAGUCUCGUUGCUAAGUAUCUGAAUAGCCACAAUCUUUCUACUUCCCAAAAGGCUCAAGCUCUCCUUUUGAAGGGAAAGGUCCUCAAUUUGACCCUCCCAUUCAUUAAAGAUACUGGAGAAGUGAAAUCCACCCUUGAAAAGGUUAUUAAACUGGAAUCUGGUCUGCCUGAUGCUUGGUGUGAACUAGCAGAGUACGAAUGGAUGAUUAAUGGACCUGAAAGUGCCCUUCCACCACUUCAAACGGCUUUCAAACUAGACAAACACAACUCGGAGGUCCUUUGGCGCCUUUCCAUGCUACUGCGUCAGCUGCCGAAAGAAAGCUUUGUGCGGCAAAAUUUCGUAACCUCUGCAGAAUUCCUGGAAUUUUCAGAAGGCUGUGAUCGUGAUGGGGUCGCAGUAUCGUUGCGUUUUGCUCAUGCUGCUGUGCGAGAGCAGCCAAACUCCGGUCGGGCUUGGGAGUGCUUUGGAAACGCUCUGUUCACGGCAUCCUUGGUGGAUGCGGAGGGUGAAGGGUUUCUCAACCGUUCUCUUGUGGCAUUUUCCCAGGCAGCAAAAUACCCAGAAAUUAUCGGGCAGCCACAUUUUCACUUUAAUCGAGCUGCAGCGAUGCACUAUGCGGUGAGUGUGGAUGUUUCCUCUUUCCAAACCUUAUCUGCAACUGGAGAAUCUCGGAGUUAUUGUGCGAACGAAUUAUCUGAGACAUAA